AUGAGACCAUCACCGUCAGGAUGUUGGACUUGCAAGCUCAGGCAUCGCAAGUGUGAUUUCCGAACGCCCACCUGUGGGGAGUGCAGGGAUCGAUGUAUUCCAUGCUACGGCUACGGGCCUAAGCCCUCGUGGAUGGAUGGCGCGACCGCCGAAAGAAAGGAGCUUACGCGCAUCAAGAAUGCCGUUAAGCUGAAUUUCCGAAAAGUCCGAAAGUCCCAGAAUCAUGUUCGGCAAGUUAGGAGGGAGAGAUCACGUAUUAUUAGAUCAUCUUCUCCCCAGAUGCCCGUCGAGGGCCGAUUGACAAUGCCAUCCCCUGUUGUUCCUGAGAUACCGUCUCCUUCGCAUCCGCGAUUUCUUCCAGAAGUUACCUGCAAGCGACUCGAGCCCAGCCGCAGCGCAGACCUUAUCAGUGAGGGCCCCGGGCAUGUCUGUAACCCAGUCCAAAAUGAGAGAAGUACAUCAACUGGCUUGCAUUCACAGCAUCCGGCUCCCUCACAUGUCUUCGGGUCGAAAACAGCAUCUCUAGUCAUGCAUUAUCUUGAUUCCGUGUUUUACUGGCAGUACCCCUAUUUCCGCUCCCGUUCCCGCUUGGGCAAUAGAGGCUGGCUCCUAUUAUUCCUUAGUAGCGGUGGCCCCCUGUAUCAAGCCGCCCUAGCGCUCUCCGCACUUCACCAAAAUCAAGCUCAAGUCUCCCAUAUAGACUACCAGCGCAAUCAAGAGGCAUUCGAGUAUCACUCAAAAGCCCUGCGGGAGCUUUCUGAGUUCUCGCGCCGCACUGAGACAGAGACGCUCCUCCGCGACAAGUCUCAGCUUGCGGAAUUUGCAUCCACUAGCUUAAUGCUGAUAAGCUUCGUGGUCUUUAAUGGUGCCGAAUACGAUUGGCUCCCUCACCUGGAUGCCGUGACCAACGUUCUCAGCAUGCAUUCCCCAGAAACUCUGCUCGGGCCUGCCAAUAACACAGAUGCCGCUAAAGUUAGCAAGGAACACGUAUCAAAUGACGAUCAACCCCAACCGGGCUUGGAAUUUCUCAUGGUCCAUGCUAUGUGGUUUGAUAUCCUAUCAUGUAUCUCGACUGGCCGCGUGCCGCGGAUUGCCUACCGACAAUGGCUCGAAACAUCAAAACUUGAGAUGGCAGACCUGAUGGGUUGUUACAGCUGGGUUAUGAUUGCCAUUGGCGACUUGGCGCACCUUCAGGCGUGGAAAACAGACAUGAAGGAGAAAGGAACCUUGAGUGUGCCGAAUUUGGUAACGAGGAGUAAAGAGGUUGAUACGCGGCUACUGGAAGGCAUAGACGAGCUUGAACUGACCAUUAAAGUGAAUAUUGGACUGAAUGUGGAAUAUACAUAA